AUGAGCAAAAGCAGCCUUCUCAUCCAUCACGACCAUGACAAGGAAAACCAGCUCGUCCCCCAAAUGACUCCUGGCAAGCAGCAGAUUGUCAACUCAGGUCUAGCAUUCAAGACUCCGGGUCUACUUGCCAAAUCAGGCGCGUAUUGUCCUUUUGAUCUGUACAAGCCUACAACUGCUGCAAAAGGAAGAGUCAAAUUCGACGUCGCCGGUAAAGACACUGUCGAACGACAACCCACAACCAGACCAUUACGAGACAAGACACCUGCUCAUACAAACACUAUACACAAGAAUGCAAACAAAGCCAACAACAACAAGGAAAACACCGUCAUAUCAAAAAAGAUACCACUGCCAUCAUCUUCUCUAUUAUAUACCGGAAGCAAAAAGACUUCAUCUGAUGGCAUUAUAUCAUCUACCAAACACAAUGCUACCAUGAUGCAAACACCUAUACAACGACGCCGUAAUCAUGAAGACGAGGGAGAAGAAGAAGAACAGAUGAGCCGUGCAAAGGCACAGACUAGGUCAACAACAGUGUCUCCAGAGUUGGCGGAAGAGGACUUUGAAGAUAGAGAUAUUGAGUAUAUGGCACCAACCAGCAGAUAUGAGGAAUUUUGGCAGCCAGAAUCAGACUUGGAACUGGACUUGGACUUUUUGACCAAACCACGACAUGAUGUUUACAUUGAUCCAGCCAUUCAAAAGUCGCUCAGGUCUGAUCCAAGAGAACUCAACUUUGUUGAAGAGCCUUAUUAUACAAGUCUCAGAAAUGACCGUGAUGAUGAUGUGCUAUCUUUGCUCGAAGAACCAAUACUACCACCUAUUGGUCCAUUGCCAUCUCUCAUGUUUGAAUUUGCAAGUCCCUUCGAAUGA